AUCACCUGGAGCAGCAGGGAGUCGUGAUCCUUGCUGCUGAUAGGCUCACUGGGAAGAGGGUUGGGAUUUGAUUAAUAAAAGCAUCCAACACUUUGAGUGCAACACACUGCAGAGUCAGACGGUAAGCAGCAUCACGGCAAGGAUACUGAUCAGAAGAUAGCAAGGUAAGAGGACUUUUUUUGUUACUUGUAACAAUAAACAGGAUAUCAUCUGCAGUAAAGGUUUGCAACUAUCAGCAGCAAGUCCUCAUUUUAAGUUCCUUCCUGUUAAUUACGAAUGCAGACUUAAGUGUUUAUUAUAGCGCGACAUGGCAGGGACACUAAAAGUUACAUGAAACCAAAUAAUCGCAAUAUUAUGCUCUUAUUUUCUGAGAUUUAAAAAAACGUAUCCAGCUGCUAUAUGAGCUGUAGUGUAUUUCAUGCACUGUUUCACAGACUAAGUUGGACCUUUGUGAUGCUCAGUGUGUGUUCUUCAUGAGCUGAAAAUGUUGUUAAUAAUAUGAAUUUCCCUUAAAAAGAAAUGGAAAUUCUUUCCACAGUGCACAUCUCACUCCUUACAAGCUUUUCCUGUUUUAGGAAAACAUUAGAGUUGCCAUGGUAACAGCCACUCACCUGAGUGACUCACUGAGCACCACACCUUGUCUAAAGUUUAAAAGAGGGAGACAGAUGAGCCAAUCCUCCCACAUAUUAGUCAGUGCGCCCCAGGGCGGAUGUGGCUACAAUGUAGCUGCCAUCACCAGUGUGUGAAUGUGUGUGUGAAUGGGUGGAUGACUGGAUGUGUAAAGCGCUUUGGGGUCCUUAGGGACUAAUACAAAUACAGGCCAUUUACCAUAUUACGCAGCCCUGUGUGAGCAGCUAUUCAUGCUGAUGUCAGCAGUGAAACAUGGCAUUUACUCAGCUCGAGUCAUUAUUCACCACGUGCUGUUAUAAUAACGAUUGAGAAACAUGUUGCACGGCGCGGUCUGUAAGAAGUACUGACUCAUACUGGGUGCUGCACUCUAGGACGCACACUGUUUAUUUUUUACAGCAACAACAACUUUUUCAGAUUAGCCGUCACUGUAGUCCACGCUGAUGUGGACAACCCGCCACAGCUGCCCAACAAAUGUUCAGGUUUAACUUUCUGCGGAGUUCCUGAAGCUGAAAGCAAUUUAGGCUUAGAAGUCAUUUUAAAGGAAUUUAGGACCACAGCUGAAGAUAAAGCAAUCACUCCAGGUUAUUUAAUUUUUCUGGUUCACUGGACCUCUAGCUCUCUGAAAGCCCAACAGUUUCUGAGCAUUUUUGCCCUUAUUGUAGGUUUAUCCUCCUAAAGUGCUGCACCUCUAUGGAGAUCAAAGUGUCAUUACUGGAAACACAGAGAAGUGUGGCGUAUAGCAGGCUCUGUAUUGUUUUUUUCUUAACUUCUGCUAGGCUGGGAGGUCAUUUGGCUAGACCCCAAAUGACAAAACCAUAAAACAAAACAUCCCCAACAAACUGUACUAAUUUAUGCAGGCUAACUUGUUGGUUCUGAAUAACAUGUAGAAAUUUACGAGUCCACCUUGAGUUGAAUCCAGAUCCAGCUUGAAUUCGUGCCAAGUUUACAUCACUUUCUGCACAACAUGAACUAUGCCUGGAACCAGUUUCAGCCAUGCCUUGGUUAAAUCCAUGUUGCUGGUUUUGCACUUCUCCAAGUCAUUCCUAGAAAUCUCAAAAUAUGACUACUGUUGGCUCCAUUUUCAUUUUCCACUCGUCCAAUUCGGGGUCCAAGAGUGCCCGAAGCUCAUCUCAGCUGACGUGCGAUCAAUUAUUUCUCAAAGGCUACAUAAGACUUGUUUUUUAGAAUACUGAAUUCAAUACUUUAAGACUUUAGGGUCCACGAGAACCCAGGUCUUUUGUUUCAUAAAUGCCACCGGUAUCAAUAGCAGGAUGGAAAUCGUACUCCUCCCUCUGUUCUCAAACUGAGCAGUGUCUGUUGUGUCUGUUCCCACCUAUUCUGCCUUUAGCCUUCAAAAGCUUCUGAGUCUGCACCAACACUCCCUUUUCAAAGGCCUUUUCAACUCCAGAUGUCCUUAUACACAUUCACAGGGUCCUUUUUCUCCACCGUUUCCAGUCUUUCUGUAUUGCUAAUGUCAGCAUAGGGCAACAAGUUGCACAGCUUUUGGAAUCUUCUGUUAAAAAUGCAAUUCCAACUUUGCUACUUUCUCCAAAAGCAACACUGAAAAACUCAGGAUGGGUACCCAUGUGUGGUGCACAGUAUCGGGGGGGAAAAACACCUUUUGAUGCGUCUGUUAUACAAAAACAACAAUGGCAGGGCUUUCAUUUCAUUCAUGACAGAAUAACCGAUCUCUCUCCAUUGUCUCUCUCUGGCCUUUGGCAGGCACGCACAGAAGACUCUGAGCUCCCCUAACAUGAUGCCUACAGUUAAAGGCUUGGCACACACGAUACCCAGUCAUGUUCUCAGAGUGGGCCAAACUAUUUGCUUGGAACCGUCACAGGAGACAGUCACCCACCAUGAUGAUCCUGAUCUCGACAUUUCUCUGGAAAAUCUCAACCAGUUAAUCUUGGAACUGGAUCCCACAUUUGAACCCAUCCAAUGCAGCAAAAGUCCCACAUGUCUCAGCCCCCCCACAGAUGCCUCUUGCUCAGAUGAAGAUUUCUCUGAAGUUGUGCUCAUUCCUAGAGGCUGUUCAACCAUUUCAUCACCCACAGUGGUCCCCUCGGUGUCCCCGAGUAUACCCAUCCCCACACACAACGGCCUCAGAUGCAGUCCCCAAGGGACGCUGGUUUUCUCCAGCUCCCCAACGUCCUCUCUGCCCCCGCUGCCAUUUGGCAGCGCACCCAGGCGAAACCCCUCACCGAAGAAUGACUUUUGCCAAGGAUCACUGCGGCUGUCACACUCCAACAGAAACAGCACCGCCUCACUGCUCUCCACCUCGACCUGCUCGGACACCAGCUACAUCCUUGGCAGUAACCUCUCCUUAACCGGUGAAGAUGCUGAUUUUCCAGAGUCCAUGCUACCCAGCUCCUUUAGUGACGAUUCCAGGAUGAAGCCAUGUAAUAACAGGCAAAGCCUGGAGAAGCCCUUGAAGACAAAGCGAGGACAUUUACAGGAAGUGAACAGCAGAAGAGCACAGAACGGCCCAGUCUCAGGGUCACUGACCGAUAUUCCCAUACUGUUAGUCAACGGUGCACCUCAACAGGACCUGCACAGCCCUGAACCACAGAUCGAGUUACUCCAGAGGAACCCUGUGUCAAAACCAACAUAUUCCAGUUCUCAAGCCCGUUUUAACGGCAGCCAGCCAUCGAUGAAAUUUGUCAUGGAUACGUCAAAGUUUUGGUUCCGUCCACACAUCAGCAGAGCAGAAGCUGAAGCUCUGGUAAAAGACAAGGAAGCAGGAACCUUUGUGGUGAGAGACAGCACCUCCUACAGAGGCAGUUUUGGUUUGGCCAUGAAGGUAGAUCAAACGCCCACCAGCUUUACUGCUGCUGCCUAUCCAGGGGAAAGCAGCUCUGAUCUUAUCAGACACUUCCUCAUUGAAUCAUCCGCCAAAGGCGUGCGCAUUAAAGGCUCUUCUCAGGAACCCUACUUUGGUAGUCUCUCUGCCCUGGUGUACCAGCACACCAUUUCUGCGUACGCCUUACCCUGCAGAUUAUGCCUCUACUGCCACGACCUGAGAUCAGCAGAGGAGAGAGCAAAAGAGAGAGCACCUUCAGAGGACGACAACAAAAUAGCCUCCAACUUUGUCUACCUUAACGCCAUCCCCACUGAGAUGCUGACGGGCCCCUGUGCAGUGCAAAGGGCGGUGUCCUCAACACUCGAGAAGGCUCCGGGUUCCUUCACACCAACCAUAGUCAACAUGAAAGUGUCUCUGAAGGGUGUCACUCUCACAGACAUCAACAGGAAGCUCUUCUUCAGGCGCCAUUACCCUGCACACAUGCUGAGCUACGGUGGUGAAGAUCCAGACAAUAGAGUGUGGACGAGAGGUUCAAGUUUUGGUGCAAGGUUGUUUGGCUUUGUGGCAAAGGGCAUUGAAGCCGGUAUGGAGAAUGUUUGUCACGUAUUUGCAGAAUAUGACACCCUGCAGCCCUGCAGCGAAGUCAUCAAGGUGAUUCAGGCAGCUGUAUCCAAGCCAUAAACAUGCAAACCCAGAGACGGCGUGAUACAUCUUCAAGACUCCUGCUUACACUUUCUGUUUAACACUGUGCUCUUCUACAAAUAACCUGUCCAGUAAGGUGGUUACAGGAAGUGUCGCUACUGCUUUGGAGAAAACUGGACAAGUUUGUGUUUCUGCUGAAUUGCAAGGAAAACCUGAUUUAGGUUCCGGUGUUUGAUCAGAUGAUAAAAAUCAUAUUAAAAGAUAUAUGAGUGAUUAUGGCAAAAAUUAGGAUAUAGUGGACUGCACCUAUAACAUGAUUGUAAAUGAAUGAGGCGCCAUAGUUUGAAUAUCAUCCAAUCAGCUUGUAAAAGCGGUAAAACAAAGCCAACUAUUUCUUUUAAGACUGCUGAGAGAACAGUUGUAGAUGUGAGAAAGCGGCACGCUAUGUCUUCAUAAGAACAGGAGCCCUUUUCCCAGAGAGGCGAACGUGCAUUAUCUGAUGCAUCGAAAUAUAGUGAUGUGGUAAUUAAAAGUUUGAAGGUGAAAAGACUUGAAGAGAAACAAAUGAACCCUGGUAGGUCAGUUCAUUUCAAAUUCUGCAGCUACCCCUGAAUGUAUUUAUUACACUGCAAUGCACUGUAAAAACUUUAUUCUCUGUAUAUUCGUGGAUUUUUAUUUUUGUUUUUCAUGAUGGAAAAUAAACAUUUUUAACUAUUCAUAUGUUAAUAGUGUGUGUGAAAAUAAUAAAGAAGAAGAAGCUUUAUUUUGGACGUGAC